GUAUGCACGACGCCUGCGCGUCAACCUGUCGCGUCCUCUAGGACUUACCCAGAAGGCAGCGCUUCACCCUCAGGUCAAAAUGGCGGGCAGGCCUGCUGUUGCAGCGUCAAGCAAGUGGCUGGAUGGUUUUCGAAAAUGGUAUUAUAAUGCUGCAGGAUUCAAUAAACUGGGGUUAAUGCGAGAUGAUACAAUGUAUGAAAGUGAAGAUGUAAAAGAAGCCAUAAGAAGGCUUCCUGAGGACCUUUAUAAUGACAGAAUGUUUCGCAUUAAGAGAGCCCUGGACCUAACUAUGAGGCAUCAGAUCUUGCCUAAGGAGCAAUGGACAAAAUAUGAGGAGGACAAAUUCUACCUUGAACCCUAUCUGAAAGAGGUUAUUCGGGAACGAAAAGAGAGAGAAGAAUGGGCAAAGAAGUGAUCUUGUCAUUGAGAUAUGUGGGUAUGCCUGGUCUCAGCAUGUUUUUAUGACAUUAUUUCAACUUGAAUCACAAUUUAAGAAUUAUUGGCUCUCCAGAUGCCUCACUUUAAAUAAAUAUCUACUGUAAACAUU